UAAUUUAACGACCACUAAAACCCCAACAGAAAGAGUGCUAAAACAGAAAAGGGAAAAAAAUCUAAAAACAAAACAACUUCUUGUUGCAAAGAUGUUAGCUCACUCAAACCUCAUCUCCUGCAACUUCCCUUCUCUUCCUCUUCUUUGCAAAAAUCCGAGACCAGCAACAACAACAGCUUCGCUUCAAGCUCAAAUUCUUAAACACAAGACUACUUACGCGUCAUCCAAUUUUCUUAAAUCCAACUCUUAUAAUACCUCAAUUUUCCCAUAUAAAAAAAGAUGUGUUCUUCAAGUGUGUAAUAGUGUAUUAGACUCCAAAGACUCAGAUAAAGAUCCAAUUUUGGAGAGUGAUACUAAUAAUGUCAAAGAAGGGCGUGAUUGGACUAGUUCCAUUUUGCUUUUUGUGUUCUGGGGUGCUCUUUUAUACUAUGUUUUUAAUCUUGCUCCUGACCAAACCCCGACAACAGAUAUGUAUUUCUUGAAAAAGCUGCUUAAUUUGAAGGGCGAUGAUGGCUUUGAGAUGAACGAAGUGCUUGUAUCUUUGUGGUACGUCAUGGGCUUGUGGCCUUUAGUGUACAGCAUGCUUCUACUUCCAACAGGGAGAAGCUCGAAAAGUAAAAUUCCAGUUUGGCCAUUCCUUGUACUUUCAUGCUUUGGUGGUGCAUAUGCUCUUCUUCCCUAUUUUGUUCUUUGGAGACCACCACCGCCACCUGUUGAAGAAAGUGAGCUUGGCAAAUGGCCUCUUAAUUUUCUAGAAUCAAAGUUGACUGCUGGGAUAUCACUUGCUGCAGGGCUAGGCCUAUUCCUCUAUGCAGGUUUAGCGAAUGGUGAUGUCUGGAAAGAGUUCUACCAAUAUGUCCAAGGAAGCAAAUUUAUACACAUAAUGUCCCUUGAUUUCGCCCUACUAUCUGCAUUUGCUCCUUUCUGGGUUUACAACGAUAUGACUGCCAGGAAAUGGUAUGACACAGGUUCUUGGCUUCUUCCCAUAUCUCUGGUGCCGUUCUUGGGUCCUGCAUUAUAUCUUGUCCUAAGACCAUCGCUAUCAGAAAUGCCUGUUUCGGUCAGUCCAACAUCUGAACAGGAGUAAUAUUUGGGUUCUAGGGAGUUAUUUAUCAACUUAUUGAAGAAGGCGACAAAUUUUGAAAACAUCAAGAAGGUUGAAGAUGGCAAGCAAAUUAAAAAUACUGUUGUUCAUGACUCGUGAGCAUUCACAGCAAUAUUUAGUCAUUGCUACACACUGGGCGAUCAGAUCUUGCCUUGCAGUUGAUUCUUGCAUACACACAAACCACAGAUGCAGGAGACCACUAUCUUCACAGAAAGGUUUCGGGUGCCCUUUUCACAAAUUGACUCAGACAUGAUACACCAGUCAUAAAGAAAAAGAAAUGAUGUCUACUAACUUUCCUUAUAUUGUAAAUCAUGUAAUGCCUUUAUUUUAUACGAGUGGUGAAAAUUAAAUUUUAGCACGAACUCAUUGAUAUAAUUUAUAUUUUAUAUAGUGUUUAUUUAAGUGGUGAAA